AACAUAUACGAAGAUACAUAUGGUCCCAUGAGGCAAACAAAUCAGGAUAUUGUUAAUAUUUCUGACAUCAGCCGCGACCUUGCGUUGAAGGGACCAAACAGUGAGUUUUUCAAGGAAACUCUCAAAGGAAGUACAAGGAAAAAAAGAAACGAGUUUCCUUUCCCACGUAGUUCGUCGGUAAAACCAACGAUUCUCUUCUCAAAGUAAGAGAGAGAUCCUUUUCUAGUUAGACUUCUUUCUAUCAAUGCAAUGAAAGAACCAUCCCUUCCCUAUUUCUUUGUCCUGUCAGAUAGAAAGAAAAUGUGACCCCAAAGAGCCCUUCUUUACCACUUUAGGGGAUGGGGGUGAAGGGGGGUUUACAUACAACCGAGGCAAAGUGGUUUAUGAUUGAAUCUCAGAGGCAUUCUUAUCAUUUGGUAGAUCCAAGUCCAUGGCCUAUUUCGGGUUCACUCGGAGCUUUGGCAACCACCGUAGGAGGUGUGAUGUACAUGCACUCAUUUCAAGGGGGUGCAAGACUUCUCAGUUUGGGCCUCAUAUUUAUCCUAUAUACCAUGUUCGUAUGGUGGCGCGAUGUUCUACGUGAAUCCACGUUGGAAGGACAUCAUACCAAAGUCGUACAAUUAGGACUUCGAUAUGGUUUUAUUCUGUUUAUCGUAUCGGAGGUUAUGUUCUUUUUUGCUUUUUUUUGGGCUUCUUCUCAUUCUUCUUUGGCACCUACGGUAGAGAUUGGAGGUAUUUGGCCCCCAAAAGGGAUUGGGGUUUUAGAUCCUUGGGAAAUCCCUUUUCUUAAUACCCCUAUUCUCCUUUCAUCCGGAGCUGCCGUAACUUGGGCUCAUCAUGCUAUACUCGCGGGGAAGGAAAAACGAGCAGUUUAUGCUUUAGUAGCUACCGUUUUUCUGGCUCUAGUAUUCACUGGAUUUCAAGGAAUGGAAUAUUAUCAAGCACCUUUCACUAUUUCGGAUAGUAUUUAUGGUUCUACCUUUUUCUUAGCAACUGGCUUUCAUGGUUUUCAUGUGAUUAUAGGUACUCUUUUCUUGAUCAUAUGUGGUAUUCGCCAAUAUCUUGGUCAUCUGACUAAAGAGCAUCACGUUGGCUUUGAAGCAGCUGCAUGGUACUGGCAUUUUGUAGACGUGGUUCGGUUAUUCCCAUUUGUCUCUAUCUAUUGGUGGGGAGGUAUAUGAAGGAACGAAACGGUGGAUUAAAAAAUGAAAGCUCGAAGACAAAGAGAAUCGGGCUUUUCCAAAGAAUUACUGCUGCU